UACAUCUUCUCUUUAUAUCAUUUUCAACACAACUAUACAUUUAUUACUUUCCUUGUAGUUUUAACCAAAAAAAUGGCGUCAAAUUCGACGUGGACAAACCAGCAAAACAAGUUAUUUGAGAAUGCAUUGGCCAUUUACGACAGGGAAACACCAGACCGGUGGCGUAAUUUGGCCAAAGCAGUAGGUGGAAAAUCUGAGGAAGAAGUGAAAAGGCAUUAUGAAAAACUUGUUGAAGAUAUUAAACACAUUGAGUCUGGAAAUGUUGCUUUGCCUAAUUACAACAACGCAAAUAAUGGUGGUCAUAACAAUUAUAAAGGCUACAACUUCAUGGAUGAAGAACAAAGGCUGAAGUAUUUGAAGCUCCAAUAAAAGCAAGAAACAGUGAAGUACAUUAAAUUAUUCAGAAGGAGCCUAUUUUAUAUGAGCAGUGGAACUCCAAAUGCAAAAAGCAAAUAAGAGAAGGAUAUAUUUGAUUAUGCCUUUCUUUUCUACACCUUUCAUAAUUAUUUUGAUUUUCAUUGUUGGAUAAAUUUCCCUCGAUAGCAACUAUAUAUUCCAAAUAUAAUUGUCCAUGUUGUGGUACUGUUAUAAUGGUGUUAUAAUGGAUUCCAUGUUACAAAUUUGUUCCUCUUUAUGAAAGCUCAUUAAUAAAAAGUAUAGCCAACAUUAAUGUUUGCAUUA